AAACAUGUAAUUAUUCCCUUUCAAUUACUAUUAAUGAACAAAACCGCGGAACGAUUCAAAUCUAUAGAGAGAGCAUAGGAAAGCAGAACACAGUAGAGAAAAAUGACGAAUGAAACCAAGUUCAGUGUGAUGGUGAGUUUGUUCGAAUGGAUACAGAAGACCAAAUACCCAGCAAAGAAGCGUUCCAAGUUUCGCAAGUUCCUUGACACUUUCUGUAAGCCCGACGAUUACUUCUCAGCGAUUCGGUUAAUUCUUCCAAGGCUCGACCGAGAGAGAGGCUCUUACAGACUCAAGGAGUCGGUGCUCGCCACCUGCCUUGUUGAUGCUCUCGGAAUGUCCAGGGAGUCAACCGAUGCUGUUCGGCUCUUCAAUUGGCGCAAAGGAGGCGCCAAGACUGGCGCCAAUGCCGGAAAUUUCUCACUCGUCGCUUUUGAGGUCCUCCAACAUAGGCAAGGAAUGUCAUCAGGUGGGCUAACAGUAAAGGAGUUAAAUGACUUGCUUGAUAGCUUGGCAUUGAGUGAAAAUAGGGAAGAAAAAACUUCAGUUCUUUCCAAUCUGAUUAAGAAGACGAAUGCUCAGGAAAUGAAAUGGAUUAUCAUGAUAAUUCUCAAAGAUUUGAAAUUGGGAAUUAGUGAAAAAAGCAUAUUUCAUGAAUUUCAUCCUGAUGCCGAAGACUUGUUUAAUGUCACAUGUGACUUAAAAUUAGUUUGUGAAAAGUUGAAGGAUCGAAGCCUAAGGCAUAAGCGCCAGGACAUUGAGGUUGGAAAGGCUGUACGCCCUCAACUAGCUAUGAGAGUUAGUGAUGCACAUUCCGCAUGGAAAAAGCUUCAUGGGAAGGAAGUAGUUGUUGAAUGUAAACUUGAUGGUGAUCGGAUACAAAUACAUAAGAAUGGGGCAGAAGUACAAUACUACUCAAGGAAUUUUCUUAAUCACUUUGAAUAUGGACAUGGAAUGUCAAACAUCAUUACUCAAAAUGUUGUGGCUGAUAGGUGUAUACUCGACGGUGAAAUGUUGGUUUGGGAUUCCUCUUUGAAUCGGUUUGCUGAAUUUGGUUCAAAUCAGGAAAUAGCGAAGGCAGCGAAAGAUGGACUUGACAGUGAUAGACAGUUGUGCUAUGUUGCUUUUGACAUCCUUUAUGUUGGAGAUACUAGUGUCAUUCACCAAAGCUUAAGGGAAAGACAUGAUCUUCUCCGAAAAUUUGUGAAGCCUUUGAAGGGCCGUUUAGAGAUUCUAGUACCUGAUGGGGGUCUCAAUAAUCGACGUCUUCCUGGGGAACCUCCUUGUUCGCUUAUUGCUUAUAACAUGAAUGAUGUUGAGAGAUUCUUUGAGGAGACUGUUAAAAAUAGAGAUGAAGGGAUCAUAUUAAAAGACCUUGGCUCAAAAUGGGAACCAGGUGAUCGAAGUGGGAAAUGGCUGAAAUUGAAGCCGGAGUACAUACAGGCUGCUUCUGAUUUGGAUGUUCUUAUUUUAGGAGGAUAUUAUGGUUCUGGGCGUCAUGGAGGAGAGGUGGCUCAAUUCUUGGUUGGUCUGGCAGAGCGCCCUGCUGCAGAUACAUACCCCAGGCGAUUCAUCUCCUUUUGCAGAGUGGGCACUGGACUAUCUGAUGACGAGCUAGCUGCUGUUGUAACCAAACUGAAGCCUUAUUUUAGGAAAUAUGAAUACCCAAAGAAGUCACCACCAAGUUUUUAUCAAGUAACAAAUAAUUCAAAAGAGAGGCCAGAUGUGUGGAUUGAGAGCCCUGAGAAAUCGAUUAUACUUUCUAUCACAAGUGAUAUUCGGACUAUAAGCUCUGAGGUAUUUGCUGCACCAUAUAGCUUGAGAUUCCCACGCAUUGACAGAGUGAGAUAUGACAAGCCUUGGUACGAGUGCCUUGAUGUUCAGUCAUUUGUUGAAUUGGUACAUUCUAGCAAUGGUACCACACAGAAGGGAAAAGAUUCUGGAGGCUUGCAAGAUAGAAAACAAACAAGCGUAAAAUCCUCCAAAAAGGGAGGAAGAAAGAAUGCAUCUGUUGUUCCAUCUCAUUUUAUUGAGACUGAUGUCUCCGAUGUUAGGGAGGAAACCUUGAUAUUUUCAAAAAUGAUGUUUUACUUUGUUAAUGUGCCUCCAACUCACUCUCUGGAGUCCUUACACAAAAUGGUCAUCGAGAAUGGGGGAACAUUUUCAAUGAAUUUAAAUAAAUCAGUUACCCACUGUAUUGCAGCUGAAAACAAGGGGAUUAAAUAUCAGGCAGCAAAGCUUCAUGGAGAUGUUAUUCAUUGCUCAUGGGUAUUGGAUUGUUGCUCACAAAAAAAGCUCCUCCCGUUACAGCCAAAGUACUUCCUCUUCCUUUCUGAAGCUUCAAAGAAGAAGUUACAGGAAGAAAUUGAUGAAUUUUCUGAUUCUUACUACUGGGACAUUGACCUUGCAGACAUCAAACAGCUUUUAGAGAACAUAAAUGCUUCGGAAGAUGCCAAUAGAAUUGAGUAUUAUAAAAGAAAGUAUUGUCCAAAGGAUAAAUGGUCUCUCUUUUACGGCUGCUCUGUGUACUUCUACCUUCCAACACAGUUUUUAACACCUGAUUGGGAGACCUUGUUGGGACUUAAAUCGAGGAGGUUGAAGCUUGAAGUUCUCAUGGGUGGUGGCUAUGUCAGCAAUAAUCUUGCAAAUGCUACCCAUAUGUUGGUCUUGACAGUGCCAGGAAUAUCCAACAUUGAUUUUGAUGCUCUUACAAAGAGUUUUACAGGUAAAGACAAAUAUUUCCUCUUGAAUAAGAGGUUGUCUGUGAUUGGAUAUCAGUGGUUGGAGGACUCCUUGGAAAAACAGAAAAAACUGGAAGAGGAGACAUACAGCUUGAAGCCCUCUGGUUUGCAAGAGUUGAAUAUUGAAAAGUGCAAUUAUGAUCUGGAUAACGACCAGAAACUUCCAUCUUUUCCUGGCUGCCAAACAGAAGAGCAAGGCAGAACUUCCUUUGAACAUGCUAGUAUAUCAGCCUCGCCCAAGAGAGAUGUGAAACGGAAAAGAGGGGGACUUGCUGGCAGGAGUGUGAAGAAAGGAAAAGCAGGCAUUAGCAGAGCUCGAAAAACACAGACACGCGUUGGAAAGCCUGCUAAAAUAUGUGAAUAUGAAUCAGAUGAAAACAAUUCAUCUGAUGAUGAAACAAAAGGAGAGAUCAAAAUGAGCAAAAAUGCAGAGAUUAGCAAGAAAAGUUCAGAAAUCAAAGAGAGUAAAACAGAAGAGUCAGAAUCAUCACACAUACACAUGAGUGCUGAGAACGAAGUUACUGAAAGGAGAGAGGAUCAAUCUUCUGAUGUUGAAAUCUGUGAAGGUCAAAGAGACGAGUGGUUCGAUAAAACUCCUAAUAUUGCAAAGGGUGAAGGGCAAUAUGGGAAGGAGAAAGAGAACUCUGAGAAACUUGAAGUUAUGGUUGAUCCAGUUCAUGCCAUGUUAUUGGACAUGAUUCCUGGUCUUGGAAUGAAGAAAAUGGAAAAACCAAAACCAUUUCCUGAUAAUGAAAGGCCAGCUAUAGAUCCUACUGCACCGCCUGCAAAGAAAAAGAAAGUCAGCUACAAGGAUAUUGCUGGUGAACUGCUCAAGGAUUGAUGAGAAUCUUGUAAUGUUUAUCGGGUUGUAAAAAGUCAGAUUUGACCUUUUGAAUCAAUUAUAAAAUGAUUAAAAAAAUCCGAUUUCAUUUUUUAGCCCAAUUUAAUCCUUGAAUUUGUUUUGAUUUUUA